GAUUCUCCAACGGAAACUUUGCGUUCAUUUAACAUUUAGAGUAAUUUGCCCUUUGUUGAUGGGCGGUUUCUUUGAAGAAUUCUUAAGAUUGUCUUUACCAAGGACUGGGAGAAAAUGUCGUAUAUCACGAUUGUCUGCGUGAUACUUUGCUUUGUAGUCGCAGCUGGAAACACCCCAAAUUUUGUCAUUAUGUUGAUGGAUGAUAUGGGUUGGGGAGAUCUGGGAGUGUUUGGAGAACCAAACAAGGAGACUCCAAAUCUCGACAAGAUGGCUGCUGAUGGAAUGAUCUUCCCAAAUUUUUACUCAGCAAAUGCAAUAUGUUCACCAUCUAGAGCUGCCCUUCUGACAGGCCGUCUUCCAAUCAGAAAUGGUUUCUACACAACUAAUAACCAUGCUCGUAAUUCAUAUACACCACAAAACAUUGUUGGAGGAAUUCCUGAUUAUGAGAUACUGCUACCAGAAAUGUUAAAGAUUUCAGGAUACAGAAGUAAAAUCAUUGGCAAAUGGCAUCUGGGACAGCAGCCACACUAUCAUCCUCUGAAGCACGGCUUUGACGAAUGGUUCGGAGCUCCAAACUGUCACUUAGGACCAUACGACGACAAGAAAACUCCAAACAUCCCAGUGUACAAAAAUGCCAAUAUGGCUGGCAGAUAUUAUGAAGAUUUUCUAAUAGAUAAAAAAACAGGAGAGUCUAAUUUGACACAGAUGUAUAUUGAAGAGGCACUGACAUUCAUAGAGAAGCAAGCAGCAUCACAUCAGCCAUUCUUUCUGUACUGGGCUGUUGAUGCUACACACGACCCACUGUACGCAUCAAAACAAUUUCUGGGAACCAGUCACAGAGGGCUUUACGGCGAUGCUGUGCGUGAACUGGACUAUGGGGUAGGACAGAUUCUGAAAAAGCUGAAGGACCUUGACAUUGCAAACAAUACUCUGGCUGUUUUCUCGUCGGACAAUGGUGCAGCAACGUAUGCCAAGACUGCAGGUGGGAGCAAUGGCCCAUUUUUAUGUGGGAAACAGACUACUUAUGAAGGUGGAUCACGCGAACCAACCAUAGUGAAGUGGCCAGGCAAGGUUGCACCAGGGCAGGUAUCUCAUCAACUUGGUUCCCUCAUGGAUCUGUUUACUACUCUAAUCAAACUCGCAGGACUGUCCCUACCAUCUGACAGAAUUUAUGAUGGAAUUGACCUUACCAGCACUUUAUUCCAAAAUACUAUAGUUAAAAGGCCGAUAUUUUAUUACCGUGGCAACGAGCUGAUGGCUGUAAGACUUGGCGAUUACAAGGCACACCUCUGGACAUGGACUAACAGCUUAGAAGAAUAUCACAAGGGUGUGGACUUUUGUCCAGGAGAGUUUAUAGUGAACGUAACAACCCACGAACAAGUAAACCACACCAGUAUGCCUUUGUUGAUCCAUCUCGGAAGAGAUCCAGGAGAAAAAUACAUCAUACGGCCUCAUAAACCAGAGUAUGUCCAGCAAAUGCCAGCUCUGAUGGCGGUGGUUGCUAAGCAUAAAGCUGCUUUGAAGCCCGGAGAACCACAGCUGAAUUGGUGUGACCAAUCUGUCAUGAACUGGUCGCCUCCUGGUUGCGAAAAACUUAACAAGUGCAUUGAUCCACCCCCAUCAAAACUUUACAAGUGUGUAUGGCCACAUUAACUUUUUAACAGCCACGACAUGGUACUUGCCGUCACAUGACAUCUUGCCAUUUAAAAGUUUCAUUGUGGUAUAUUUUCUACUCAUGUUAAAGAUUGUUUUUAUGGUCAGUUGAAAGCAAUUAGAUACUGAGGCCAUGGGUGUCGAAUUUAGGUGUAGGCUUUUAUGAAAAUUUUAAAUAUUUGAAAAAUCGGUUUUAAAGAUUCCAAAACACUAAUCUGCAAAGGUUUGUCUUCUUUUAAUAACAAACAUUUCAGUUAAAAUCAAUUGGCUGUUAAAAUUUGAUAGUAAUUACUUUUAGGUCAAUUUAAAAUAUUAUAAAUCAAUCUAACAGACAAUUGUUUUUAUGCAUGAAAAGAAAAUGACUUUUCCUGUAGUUUAUUGCGGUGUCAAUAGGCAUACAUUGUGCAAUAUAUAUUUUGUUGUAUAUAUAUUUUUUAAUUUGUAUUAUCCAGGUGAUAUUAUUUUUUUACAUUUCCAUGUAACCAAUGACAAUAUCACAAUUUAUUUUAUGUUUUAAUAAUACAAAUUUGUAUUAUUUAAGGUUUACACAAACAGGUAUUUAAUGUUCAACAUUAUUGAGUUUUUAAUGAUUUAGUUGUUACAAUAUGACUUAUUGUUGAAUGUAACAUGUAUGAUGUUUUUACCAUGUCUUCACCACCAUCUGUUAAAUUGUUAAUUGUGUUAAUAGUGAGAUCAAUAAAGCAUAUUUCACAUCACAAUACAAAUUGAGUCUCCACGAGUACUGGGGCACAGGCCGAGUCUAGCAAGACUAGUCCAUUCCUAAAUAAUAAUAAUAGAGGAACUUUCAGAUUUAUCAAAUGCCAAAGCACUUUCACCUUUCUGCAUUAUGAAAAUGCUGCCAUGAAACAGACUGUCAAUACUUAUCUUUAAUGUAAAAUAAAAUGGGAGAUAGCAAAUAAUUUGAUAACAUGAUUUUUCAGGUUAAAUUAAUUUUGCAAUUGGAUUUAAACAAGUAACAAAUACUAACAUGGGUCAAUUAAUAUUAUAUAUUUUUAAAACACCAAAAGCAACACAAGUUGUUACAUAUACAGACCUGUAUCAGUAGGGAACCUGUGUAAUUCACUCUAAAUAAUAGCAUUACUAUACUCCGUGUUGGAACUUUAUUACAAUAAAUUCAGUACACUUUGAGAAACUUAUAAAGU